UCAUUACAAAAAUGUGCUCGUCUCGAAUCGUCGUCUCCAACUUGGCUCGUGGCUCGUGGCUCGUGGCUCGUGACUCAUCUUUACAGAAUCGCUUAAGACACAAUCCAUGCUGUUGAGCAGAUAAACAGCAUCCAAUUGGAUUGGGAAAAUUCUCCUUUCUUUAAAUCAACUGUGUCCUCGUGUACAUCCAUGUGAGUGUGGGUGUAUUCACGAGGACCCCCUUUUUCCUAUCCUGGCUAAUUCAUUUUUGCUGUGGAUGGAUGGAGUGGAGCACUUGUGGAAUCCUAGUUGUACUUUCCAGGCUUAAAGAUUACACAACCACUGAUUCGUAUUCAAGAUAUCGUGAAGGAGGGAGGGCGGAGAGGCGGGUUUAACAAGGACCAAGAAGGUAACCUGAUAAGGUAUAAAAGUGUUCAUAGCGCCAAUGCGGUUUCAUUUAAACAGAGAGCGAUGCGGCGAGAAUACUUUGGCACAUCUUAACAAUUGUCUCCCGUGUUUGGUUCAGUCCCGAAAGCUUCUACACUCCCAGACGGACAUACGUACCAACGGAGCUGUAAUGCUGCAAUAUGACAGGAGCAAAAUUCUAGGGAACGGCACAUUUGCUACCGUCUUUUGGGGCACUUGGAAUGGAGAGGCCGUGGCUGUCAAAAGAAUCGAAAUGCACAAAUUGAAUAAAAGGUUCAAAGACAGGGAAGAGGUAGCCAUGCGACAAAUGGACCAUCAAAACGUCCUAAAACUCAAGGAAGUACAGGAAAAUAUGGAUUUCAAAUUGCUAGUUUUAGAACUCUGCAUUGGAACGGUGCGUAAUUACGUCAACGACGUUAACGACGAAAAAAUGUUCAAUCAAAAGAUGCCGAACGAGGUUGAAGCGCUGAUACAAAUGACCAAUGGGCUGGCUUACAUCCAUUCCCAGCAUUUUGUCCAUCGUGAUAUCAAACCGGAGAACGUCUUGAUAUCCUCCUCGUAUGUUUUGAAAAUCUCUGACUUUGGUGUCAGCAAACCCACACAACCGACCGGAAGUUUCUCAGUGACUAGUGGCCCUCAAGGAACGAAAACUUACUUUGCUCCGGAAUAUCUGCGAUUAGAGCAUCAAGAAUCGGAGGAAAGAAAAAACAUCAAAGCGGACAAAUCGAUCGACAUCUUUUCUUUGGGCUGCCUCUUUUUCACUUACAUAAUGAGAAAGGGGCCUUACGCUCACCUGUUCGCAACACCAGGAAUGCAGUUCAAUUCCAAAGAAAACUACGACAUUGACGUCACUAAUAAUAUACUCAAGGACAAAAAGUUUCUGGAAAAGAACGGACUAUCAAAGGGACACUACGCGUUUAAAAUGAUUGACGGAAUGACCAAAGCCAAGUCUAAGGAUCGCUGGGGCUUGGACGAAAAGAAAUUUGGUUCCAACUCUCAGACAGUUAUUGAAACUCUGAAACUAGAACAACGACGUCAAAAUGGACCGAAGCAGACCGUAGUGUAGAGACCCAACAUAAUUUUUUAAAAAUAACAAUUCAACUCGCAUAAUCUGAAAAUAUAAUAAUUCAGUGGCCUCA